CAUGCAUUUUGCUCCGCUUCAGUCACCCGGCCGGGCUUCAGUGCCCUACUGCCCUCCCCUCAUCAACAGUCAUCAGUACAGCCACAGCGACAGCGGUCUCGAGUCUUCGUCAUUUAUCCGGCUUUUUCUGAAACUUCCAACAUUUUAUCGAACUGCAAUGUUUGAGCGAUAUUUAGCUGCAUUGGAAUAUCCUGCCCAGGGAGGCAUUAAUAUUGAUGAUCCCAAGGAAUUUCGCAACAUUGUUCUCUGGUUGGAGGACCAAAAAAUACGGCACUACACCAUCGAAGAUCGCGCGAAUCUGAGAAAGGUAGCCUCUGCUAGCGAGUGGGAUCCAGCUUAUGAUAAGUACAAACAAGAUUUGAAAUUUCCAACGGAUCUGAAGUCCAGGUCUGAAGAACUUACUUGGCUGUUUCUGUAUGCAAUCAAAUUGGAAUACUCGGACAACGCCGAUCGAUACCGUGAAAUUUCCGCUGCGCGAAAAUUGGAGGAAGAGAAGAAAGCUACGGCUGCACCAGAGAUAAAGUCUACCAAUCCGUUCGACAAUCUUGAUUUCCACAGCCCGGAUUUUGAGCAGGGAUCUCGAAAAUUAUCGGAGAAGUUAGGCAUCGCCUAUCAUCCGGAUCACUUGGUUUCUUUGAGAGCAGCUGGUCGAGUAAUAUCUACUAUGUUUAAUAAGGAGACGUUGAAGGAGCCCAUAAUAACUGGAAAGCCGUUCCCAAUUGGCGAAGGCACUGGCAUGGGCUUCGAGAAGGAACCGGAUCUUGAGAGGGCUGCUCGAAUAUUGCGAUUGUUGCAGAUUCAAAAUUUACGAAAGUUGCAGACGGCUAUCAAUGAAACGAUCGUUUCCGUGCAGAACAUAACAGCUGAUCCAAGGACCGACACCACACUGGGAAAGGUGGGACAAAAGUAAUCUUAGACGAGUGAUUUCUCUUUUAUUUAUACUAAUCAACACAACAAAUCUUUACUCAAACGUUGUGAUUGUGGUAAUAAAUCUUAACAGGUAA